CGGUCUUGUAUUCCUCGAUGUCUCACGUGCGCAAAAGACAGUGGGGUGGGGAAAGAAGAGGUUUGUGGGAUGUGAAGUAGCCGGCGGCAACCGAGACAGAUGCUGGGAGUGACUGAUCCACGAAGAGAAAACAUCCGAAGGAAGAGCAGGACAUAAGAGCGUGGCAGCGUUACAAUAAUCUCCAUCUGUACGUUUCAAGGUCCAACAUUCAGCUUUUUGUAGCGCGCGCAACCUGCGAAGAAAAAGUUCAGAUCCCACGAAUCAGCGCGUGGGAGUGGAGAGCAGGAUCGUGACUGACUGAGGCAAGCUCCACUGUCUGUCUCGUCAUGGCAGGACCUGGAGGUGACAUGCAGUGGUGCUUCUCUCAGGUGAAAGGAGCCAUUGAUGAUGACGUAGCUGAAGCCGACAUUAUCUCAACGGUUGAGUUUAACCACACAGGGGAGCUGCUCGCCACCGGGGAUAAAGGUGGACGUGUAGUCAUUUUCCAGCAGGAAAUAGAGAACAAGAGCCAGCCUCAGUUCCGGAGCGAGUACAACGUUUACAGCACCUUCCAGAGCCACGAGCCCGAGUUUGACUACUUGAAGAGUUUGGAAAUAGAAGAGAAGAUUAACAAGAUUCGCUGGCUUCCUCAGAAGAAUGCUGCCCAGUUCCUGCUGUCAACAAACGAUAAAACUAUAAAACUGUGGAAAAUCAGUGAACGAGACAAGAGACCGGAGGGCUACAACCUCAAGGAGGACGAUGGAAGAUACAAAGAUCCCAACUCUAUCACGUCACUGCAGGUACCAGUUUUAAUCCCUAUGGACCUCAUGGUGGAGGCCAGUCCUCGGAGGGUGUUUGCCAACGCUCACACCUACCACAUCAACUCCGUCUCAGUCAACAGCGACAACGAGACCUACCUGUCUGCAGACGACCUCCGCAUCAACCUCUGGCACCUGGAGAUCACCGACCGCAGCUUCAAUAUUGUUGACAUUAAACCAGCCAACAUGGAGGAGCUAACGGAGGUGAUCACAGCAGGGGAGUUUCAUCCUCACCAGUGUAACACCUUCGUCUACAGCAGCAGCAAGGGAACCAUCCGUCUCUGCGACAUGAGAGCUUCAGCUCUCUGCGACAAGCACUCCAAGUUGUUCGAGGAGCCAGAAAAUCCCAGUAACCGCUCCUUCUUCUCCGAGAUCAUAUCGUCGAUCUCAGACGUUAAGUUUAGUCACAGUGGACGUUACAUGAUGACCAGAGACUACUUGUCUGUGAAGAUUUGGGACCUGAACAUGGAGAACCGACCAGUGGAGACGUUUCAGGUUCACGAGUAUCUGAGGAGCAAGCUGUGCUCGCUCUACGAGAACGACUGCAUUUUUGACAAGUUCGAAUGCUGCUGGAAUGGCGACGACAGUGUGGUGAUGACGGGCUCGUAUAACAACUUCUUCCGGAUGUUCGACCGCGGCCACCGGCGGGAUAUCACCUUGGAGGCGUCCCGCGAAAACAGCAAGCCCAUGCAGGUCCUAAAGCCCCGCAAGGUGUGCACUGGCGGCAAACGCAAGAAGGACGAGAUCAGCGUGGACAGUUUGGACUUCAACAAGAAAAUCCUUCACACCGCCUGGCACCCCCAGGACAACAUCAUCGCAGUGGCGACGACUAACAACCUCUACAUAUUCCAGGAUAAAUAAACUAAUGGGACCGUCCGGCAGCCUGAGGUGGUGGAGGUCCGUGGUAACGUCCCGCUCCGUUGCUCGUGGCUAAUCAGACUCGUUGUAGAUGUGGACAGAAGUUGUUUCUCGCCCAUCGUCAGCCGGUGGCAGUGACGUCUGCCUCGUUGUUAAAGUGACGCUGUGCCAAUUGUUUCUUCUUCUCCCCUGUUAUGUUCAUUUCUUGCCCACGUGCUCUUUACUUUCAUAAUGUGGGCAAAACCAUUCAAUUUCCUUUAAGAUUCUGAGUCUUUUUUUUAUAAUGUCCCCCCCCCCCCACCAAAUGGAUCUGUGAUAGAAUAUAAAAAGUUUAGUCUUUAUUGUCAUGUGCCAUUGUAGUUUAUUUUUCUAAGAUGAGUAGUUUUUUUUAAUUAAGUCAUCCAUUAUACUGUAGGUUUUCCCUCAUCCAGUGUUGAUUAUAACUGCGUACUCAGCGCUCACGCAGGUUUGCCCAGUUGCUUCAUUAUGAAUUAUUUUUACACAUUUGCUGUUCAAAGCGACACCUCGACAGUUGCCUCCAGGAUUUUAACUACAGCGCGUUUUCAGCGACGUGCCUCAGGCUCACCGUCACAAAAGAUCUUUUGUUGUCGUCGUCCUCCCCCAAUUGAGACAUGCUUGUGCAUUGGUUCCUCUUCCUCCUCUUGUUUUGGCGUGCAGAAAUCGUCAGGUAUGAGAAGAUACACGAUUGUGAUUUUUCUAUAAAAAAAAAAAAAAGGUUUAAAACUUCACCGGACGUGUUCCGUCCCAUUUUGUAAAUGGAAGCUGGACGUUUUGUUGUUUGAGUUUUCUUAAUUCUGGUCUUCCCAGCUUGACCCACAGCUCUAAGCAGUGUUUCACAACAGGGAUUUGACACUGGACUUUCAUUGCACCUGAACAAAGUACUUGGAUGUGUCCAUGUUAGACUACAGUUUUAAAAACCACAUGUUUAUUUGAGGCGUUGAAUAUUUUAACUACUGCAGACAAUGCUGUUUUAUGGCGCGUUAUGUCUACAUAUAAAGGUGCUGGUCAUAAAA